CCCACUCAGAGAGAGAGAGAGAGAGAGAGAGAGACCUGUUGAGGUGUCACUAGGGUAAAAAAGGGUGUUGGUUUGGACUUCUUUAGCUUGUUAGCUUGUUAAAACCUGUCUAACGAGUCUAACCAGGUCGGGAACCCGAGCACAUCUCGUGCAUAACGCUCGCGCUGAGGUCAAGCCACGUCGCCAUGGCACAGAUUCUGUCACUCAUCUUAAUCACAUUUUUCACCCUCAUCUUGGCAGAGGAUCAGCAGCCAAAGGAUGAUCCGUUCACUUUCGAUUAUCACCGGCUGCGUGUUGGAGGGCUGAUCAUGGCCGCGGUGUUGUGUCUGAUCGGCAUUACUAUCCUCCUCAGUGGACACUGCAGAUGCAAAUUUAACCAGGACAAGAGGAGGAGGACAGGAAGUAACGCAGCGACCCAACAGAUGCUCAAUGACACAGCACGGGCCAGUGAAUGUUAAACGCUCCUGUUGGACUACUCAGUGUCAAUCUGACUGACGGAGAAGAGUGAAGAUCCUGCAGUACCUUUAUUCCACUAAAAAUGUCCCGGUUUAAAACAGUGAACAAAACAAUGGGCCCUUUAUUAUAUUAAUGUUAUUAUUAUUAUUAUUAUUAUUAUUAUUAUUAUUAUUAUUAUAUUCCACCUGUUUGCUGCUUACAUGGCUGCUCGUCUGGAAAAAUCGUCCCUGUACUUUUGUCAGAUGUUCAUUUCAACUAACUGAACCAAUAACCAAAAAAAAAAAACUCUUGUUUGUGUGGAAAUCGCCAGAAUGUGAGUUUUUGUGUUUUUAACGUGUUUACUAAAAUGUCCUCUUUUUUUUUUUUAAGAUCCUGUUGAUCAGUUUUAGUCACAUGACAGCUUAUAACCAAAAAGUACAAGCAAUCUGUCCACACGUUGUUUCCUGUCAGUGCUGAUAAUGUAAUCUACAGUGUUAUGUUACGCUUCAUAGUUGAGUGUUUGACAAAUAAAACAUUUAAUUCUGAUUUAAUAACUACCUGUUUUUAUAGAUCCUCAGCUUCUAGCAGGUUGUUCAUCAUGGUCGUGUCACUGUUUCUUAUUUUUUAAAAAGAAAUUUGUCCACAUUGCUGACUAAAACACUAAAACGA